CGGCCAGGGCUAGUUUUUUGCGAGGUGCUACUCCAACUACAACACGAAUUAUGGCGUUCUUCCUCCCUUUGGUGUUGCCAAUCUUGCUCAUCGUCUUCUCCUCAUACAUCCUCCAGCUCCUCCGUGACUCUCGCCGCCGUCUCCGUCUCCCACCAGGCCCACGGCCGCUCCCGUUGAUCGGCAACCUCCACCAGCAGCUGGACCACAUGCCGCACCACUCCCUGGCGCGCCUCGCCGCGCGGCACGGCCCGCUCAUGACGCUCCGCCUCGGCACUAUCCUCACCGUCGUCGCCUCGUCCCCGGACAUGGCGCGCGAGAUCCUGCGGACGCACAACGCCGACAUCGCGGCGCGGUCCGUCGGCGACUCCAUGCGCGCCGGCGGCCACUGCCACAACUCCGUGCUCUGCCUGCCGCCGCGCCACAAGUGGCGCGCCCUGCGACGGCUGUGCACCGCCGAGCUCUUCUCGCCGCAGCGGCUGAAGGCCACGCAGGCUCUCCGGCAGGAGAAAGUGGCCGAGCUCAUCGCCCACGUCUCCGACCAUGCGGCGAGCGGUGCGCCCGUGGACGUCGGCCGCGCCGCGCAUGCCGCCGCGCUGGGCCUGCUGUCGCGGACAUUGUUCUCCGCCGACCUCGACCCCGCGACGGCGCGGGAAGUGAGCGACAUCGUCGACGAGGCGUCGGUCCUGGUCGGUGGGCCGAACGUGUCUGAUUUCUUUCCGGCGUUAGCUCCGGCCGACCUCCAAGGUGUGCGCCGCAGGAUGGCGAGGCUGGUGCAGAGGAUGUAUGCCAUCAUCGACGAGCAGAUCAGGCAGAGGGAACGCAGGCAUGCCGCCGGCGAGGCACGCAAGAAUGACUUGCUUGACGUGAUGCUGGACAAGGAGGGCGAAGUUGAAGAAGAAAACACCGACGACAAGAGCCAUAAUACCAUCCGCGGACUGUUUACAGACUUGUUCAGUGGGGGAGAGACCACAUCCCACACCGUUGAGUGUGCACUAGCAGAGCUAUUGCAAUCUCCAGACUCAAUGAGAAGAGUGCAAGAGGAGCUUAAGAAUGUCAUCGGCACCAAACAGCAAAUUGAUGAGAGUGAUAUUAGCAAGUUACCUUAUCUUCAAGCUGUUGUCAAAGAAACCCUAAGGCUGCACCCUCCUGUUCCGCUAACGCCAUACGAAGCUGAAGCCACAGUAGAAAUUAAGGGCUAUACCAUUCCAAAAGGGGCAAAAGUGCUCAUCAACAUCUGGGCGAUUAAUCGAUGCCCCAAUGCUUGGGUCGAGCCAGAUAAAUUCAUGCCAGAGAGAUUCUUAGGUAUAGAGACAAAUUUCAUGGGGAGGGAUUUUCACUUAAUUCCAUUUGGUGCUGGAAGGCGCAUUUGCCUUGGGCUGCCACUGGCUUAUAGGAUGGUGCAUUUGAUGCUUGGCUCGUUGCUCCAUCGAUUCAGAUGGACAUUACCUGCAGAGAUUGAGAAAAAUGGAGUGGACAUGAGAGAAAGGUUUGGGUUAGUACUGUCUUUAAUUGUUCCCCUCCAUGCAAUGGCACACGAGAUGCAGUAAUAUGGAAAAAUGUGAUCCAUUUUACCUAAUAUACCUAUAACCUAUAUAUAAUCCUAA